AUGGCCGCCUUCCAAGAAGACGCCAACUAUAAUCAUACAAAACAGAGACAUUGUAUACACAGCUCCAUGGCGCUGCCAGACUCUGUUAUAUGCAUCAGUGAAGACUGUGAAACAGUUUCUCGUGUAGAGUCACUACUCAUAACAAAGCAGGGUUACACUGCAACAGCAGAGAAGCUCUUGGGUGAUGAUCUCGAUAACCUGGAUGUGGAUGACAUUCUCAACAAUGACCGUCUCCUGAAAUCCUACAUCCAGUGCAUGCUCGAUGCAGACGACGGAAAGUGCACUGCCGAGGGCAAGGAGAUUAAAAGUAGGCUGCCAAAAUUCGUGGCGACGGGAUGCAACGACUGCACGCCUAGCCAGCUGGAGAAGACUCUCAAGACCUUGAAGCACAUCACAGAGAAGUACCCUGCAGAGUGGGCCAAACUGACGGCCAAGUUUUUCGACCCUACGUGCGAGUGCACCAAGGACUUCGCUGAGACCUGGAAGCAGCGCGGGGUCAAUUUCUGA